UCAAUCAGUCACACAAGCCGACGCCACAUAUAACAUCAAAAGCCGGCCCAACCGGGUCUAGCCUUUCUCCUCCUAUAUACACCGACUCCCAUCGCCGCCUCACCGACUUUCUUCGCCGCUUUGACUUUCGCCGAUCAAACAAAACCCUAAACCUCACCGUUAACAAUGGCAAUGAGAUCCGCCAUUAUCUCACGGUUGGCUCCUUUUCGUAGUGUCACGGAUUCGUCCAGUUCUCGUUCGUCCUUUCGUUUUUUCAGCGAUCAAGGUCGCGUCCUAAGCGAGGAAGAACGCGCUGCUGAGAACGUCUACAUCAAGAAAAUGGAGAGAGAGAAGCUGGAGAAGCAAAAACUGAAGGAGCAAAAGGAGAAAGCCGAGAAAGAGAAGGCUGAGAAGAAACCUUAAGGACCAGGAGAUGCUUAUAAAUGGCUGACAUGGGUUGACUGUCACUCUUGCUGCUGCUGUUGCUGCUGCUGUUGCUUGCAAGUAGUACAGAGAAAUAAAUGUAUGUGAUAUUGAAAAGAACUCGCUGUGUGUCUGUAAAGAGUGUAUGAUACCUCUGGAUUGUUAAAUUGUGAUGCUGUUUGUUGUUCUGUUAAUCUUGCUAGGCUCUACCAUUUGGGCCAAAAGCAAAGACCGUACAUGUUUCCCUCUUCGACCACUCUGUGUGGGACAUUGGAUUCGUUUGGUAUGUUCUCUUAGGCUCUAGACGAAUUUAGCACGACACUGAUAGGGUUCUUUCUGUUUUGAUGUUUGUAGAGACUUGAUGUGUUCUUGGAAUCACGAGUACUUUUCCUACCUUUUUUUUCUAA